AUGAACAUGGAACAACAAUCCCCCAAGAAGACAAUAACCAUCGUGGACAGUGACAUUGUUUGCGAUAUUAGCAAUCAAUCAGAAUUCAAAGCUCUCCUGACUGCCGAAAGUGCAAAGUACUUGAAGGAUGUCAAGACCGGCAGAUGCGUAUUUGGCUUUCAAUCCUUGGUGGAUGCUGCCGAAUACAAGAUAGUGGAUCUUCCUGCGUCCAGAAAUAUCUGUGACCCAAUAAGCACCAAGGAAGACGUCACGAACUCUCAUCCUACGACGUCCUACCGGUAUCAUCCAUCCGCGGCUAGCAAUCUCGACCCUCUUCCUCAAUCGCCUGCUUAUGAUGCACCCAAGAAGACUAAGACGAAACAUCGAUUUGGAUUCCGACAAUCCUUGAAGAAGCAACAGGAAUACAAAAGGAGACGACUGCGCAAACGGUUACAAAAGGCUUCCACCUGCCACACACAAGGCAAUGAAUUUUAUAACCAAGGAAAGAACGGCCAGGCCUUGAUGUCUUAUCAAGAGGCAUUGCAAAUUCGUCUUGAAAUUCUUGGGAGGAGUAAUCAAAGUGUUGCUGAUUUGAACCAUAACAUUGGCAAUGUUCUUUCGGAUCAAGACAAACCAGACGAAGCGCUGAAAAUGUACGAAGAAGCCCUGACAAUUCGACUGGAAAUUUUCUCCGAGAAACAUCCAGACAUUGGCACAACAUUGUACCUCAUGGCGGUGGUCAAGCAAAGCCAGGGUGAUCACGAUGAAGCAAUGAUGCUAUACGAAGAAGCAUUGGCAAUUCAGAUAGAGUCUCUUGGGAGAAGUCACGAAGAUGUAGCCGACACUUGCAAUGCUAUGGGCAGUGUCAUGAUGGACCAAUCUCAGUGGGAUAGAGCGCUUCCAUAUCUUCAGAAGGCACUGGAGAUUCGACAAGAAAACUUUGGGAGCAGUCAUCCCGACGUUGCUACUACCAUAAUCGACAUUGGAAGUGUCCUGGACCACCAAGGAAAGCGUCAAGAGGCUUUGCAAAUUUUUCAAGAAGGGCUAUCCAUUCAAUUACAAUGCUUGGGUGAGAGCCAUCUCGAUUUGGCAAAGACCUAUGAUAAAAUCGGAAAUAUCCUUGACGACGAGGGAAAAUGGGGAGAAGCGUUGGAAGCAUUCCGAAAAGCAAUGAGCAUACGGCUGGUGACUCUGGAUAGUCGGCACCCCGAUAUAGCUGGCUGUCAGCAAAACAUCGGUGUCGUUCUAAAUAACAUGGGGAAAUCAGCAGAGGCACUGGAGAUGCACCGUCAGUCGCUCUCGAUCCGACUUGAGGCUCUCGGUAGUGAUCAUUUGGAUGUCGGCACGACAUAUUGCAAUAUUGGAGACAUCUUGCAUGUUUACGCCCGAAUGGGCGCACUGCUACAAGAUCAGCAGAAGCCUGAAGAUGCCCUAAAAGAGUAUUCUGCAGCAGUUUCGAUUCAAGAGCGAGUGCUUGGUAACAACCACUUCGACAAUGCUGCUCUGUACGAAAGCAUGGGGCAAAUUCAUGCGAGUUUAGGUCAACAUGAGAAGGCAAUGCAACUUUAUCAACAGGUGCUCGCGAUUCGAUUGGAAGCUCUAGGCCAUGGCCACGAAGACACAGCGGAUGCGUACUACGCCUUGGGCACUGAGUUGUUGGCUCUUGGUGCCCACGACAAAGCAGUUAGCAACCUGCAACAGGCUCUGGCUAUUCGGUUGGAAAUAGAUCGCCACAACAAGUCGGUUACUGAUACAACUCAUCGGAUGGGCAAUGCCUUGAAUAAUAAUCAAAACAAGCACAACGAAGCAGCUGCUGAGUCUUGUACGGAAAUGCUUCUAAAAGUUCCUACCUUUUCAGAAAACUGCAAUUCCACCAUGGACUUUUCCAUGGGCUUCUGUAAUUCGGAAUCACCCAUGACCAAGAUUCAAGAAAUAUAUCACCCCAAGUCAGUUGCUGAUACAACUUAUCGGAGGGGCAUUGUAUUGAAUAAUAAUCAAAACAAGCACAACGAAGCAAAUGCUGAGUCUUGUGCGGAAAUGCUUCUAAAAGUUCCUGACUUUUCAGAGAACUGCAAUUCUACCAUUGACUUGUUCAUGGCGUUUUGGAGCGUAGAGUUGUCCAUGAUGACCAAGAUUCAAGAAAUGUGCCGCAUGCUGGCACUUAUUGGAAACUUGAUCCAAGAGUUUGCUCGCCGAAUCAAGAUACUUGUCUUUGCCAUUCUAGGAUUGCCCCAAACAACUUACAAGAAUCUAUGCACUCUUGAAUUGAAGGAUUUGAGAAAGAAUCUAAAGGCAGGAGUUGCCACUGUGUUUGGUGGAGUCUUGGGCAAUGACGUGGAGAAGCUGGCGGGUAAGAACCUAGAUCAAGCAAUGACGACGAACAAGUUUACAAAAGGGUUCGGAGGCUGGUUUGGAAAGAAAUAG